GGUUCACAGUACGCGGGAACCCUUUCGAAGAGUGCGUGACACUGGGUGUACAAGAGUGAAAAAUGUUCGUUUACACGCUCGGGCUAGUGGCGGUGGUGAUCUUUGUCGGGUUGAAGUACAUCUACUCGUACUGGGAUCGCCAUGGGGUGAGCAACAUCAAACCGGAAAUUCCGUACGGAAAUCUGAGAACGGUGGCCGAAAAGAAGGAAUCGUUCGGAGUGGCCAUAAACAAUCUCUACAGCCGUUCAACGGAUCGUUUCGUCGGCGUGUAUCUGUUCUUCCGGCCCUCGAUCCUCAUCCGCGAUCCGCAUCUGGCCAAACGGAUUAUGGUGGCCGACUUUCAACACUUCCACGAUCGUGGUGUCUACUGCAACGAACACCGUGAUCCAUUCUCUGCCAAUCUGUUCGCUCUGCCCGGUCAACGCUGGAAGAACCUACGGGCGAAGCUAACGCCAACGUUCACGUCUGGUCAACUGCGCAACAUGAUGCCCACGUUCAUGGCCGUCGGCCAGAAGCUGCAAGCCGAGGUCGAACGUUUGACGGUGCAGCCGGCGGUGGAGAACGUACGGGCGCUUAUGUCACGCUUCGUCAUCGACGUCAUCGCUUCUGUGUUCUUUGGCUUCGAAUCAAACUGUAUUCAAGAUACAAGCGAUCCAUUCUUCGUCACACUCACCGACCUGGUACGAUCGAUUAGCUUCAUCAACAACGUACGCUCGGCCGGUGUGUUUGUGUGUCCCGCGUUAUUGAAACUGACGCGCCUCUCCUCCCUACCACCACCAGUCAUCAAGUUUGUUAAAGAGAUUAUCACCUACCAGAUCGAGCACCGGGAGCGAAGUAACGUAGUACGGAAAGACUUUCUCCAGCUGUUGAUAGACCUGAGGCGUGAGGCGGCUGAUAACUUGAAAGAAUCACUGACCAUUGAGCAAUGUGCGGCCAACGUGUUCCUGUUCUAUGUUGCCGGUGCAGAAACAUCGACAGCGACGGCUUCGUUUACACUUCACGAGCUCACCCACAACCCGGACGUGAUGGCUAGGGUGCGCCAGGAGAUUGACGAGAUGAUGGAGCGAAAUGACGGCAAAAUCACUUAUGAAAAUAUUCAAGAGCUGAAGUAUCUCGAUCUUUGCGUGAAGGAAACUCUCCGAAAGUACCCUGGACUGCCCAUGCUGAAUCGUGAAUGCACGCAAGACUAUCGAGUGCCAGAUAGUGACAUGGUCAUCCAGAAGGGAACGUCGAUCAUCAUACCGCUGCUAGCGAUCAGCAUGGACGAGAAGUACUUCCCCAAUCCGGAGCAGUACUCUCCGGAGCGGUUUGAUGAUGAAACUAGAAACUACGAACCCGAUGCGUACUAUCCGUUUGGAGCAGGGCCGAGGAACUGCAUCGGUCUUCGACAGGGUGUACUCGUAGCGAAGAUUGGACUCAUUUUGAUGUUAUCGAAGUUCAACUUUGAAGCAACGCUGCCACAAAAGAUCGUAUUUGAGGCGGCAACGGUACCACUGGCACCGCACGGUGGCCUUCCGAUGAGAAUCACUCGGAGGGUAAAGUAGUAAUGGUCAACUGUGAUGUUCCUUAAAAUAAGCUACAUUCACUCUUUCAUUGUUUAUUGUUCACCUUCAGACAGUCAAAAUGAAAGCCAAAGACGAUUAACAUGUUAGAACUAAGAUACGAUUAAUAAAUGUAGAUGCUCUGACUCUUUUGA